CCGAACACAAUAUUUUCCACCGACAAUGCUGCAUUAAAGCUAUCGCUUUUCUCUCGGCCCAGAUCAAACGGAGAGGUAACGAAGCAAAGGUAUAGAAAGGAAACGAAGCUCCAGUCAUGUCCGACAACAAUUCCUCUCUUUCCCAGCAACGAUUAGCAGGGAAGGUGGCACUGGUUACGGGCGGCGCCACCGGCAUAGGCGAAGGCAUUGUCCGUCUCUUCCACCUCCACGGCGCCAAAGUUACCAUAGUUGAUGUACAAGAUGAGCUUGGCCAGCGGCUAUGUGAGGCACUGGGAAGAGACCUAAAUGUAUGUUUCAUACAUGGUGACGUUACAAUUGAGGAUGACAUACGCCGUGCCGUCGACCUCACCGUCGACAAGUUUGGCACACUUGACAUUAUGGUUAACAAUGCCGGAAUUUCAGGCCGGCCCUCGGCCGAUAUCCGAAUAGUCGAAAUAUCUGAAUUUGAGAAGGUGUUUGAUGUGAACGUCAAAGGUGUUUUCAUUGGAAUGAAGCAUGCCGCGCGCAUCAUGAUCCCAAGAUCCAAGGGGUCCAUCAUUUCUCUUGCUAGUGUGGCCAGUGCCAUUGGGGGUCUUGGGCCGCACCCUUACACUGGGUCCAAGCAUGCAGUUGUGGGCCUUACUAAGAGUGUUGCAGCAGAGCUUGGGGCACAUAGGAUCCGAGUGAAUUGUGUCUCACCCUAUGCAGUGGCUACAAACUUGGCACUGGCACACAUGCCUGAGGCAGAACGGACAGAGGAUGCCUGGGCCGGAUUCCGGGCAUUCACUGCCCGGAAUGCCAAUUUAGAGGGCAUGGAAUUGACUGUGGAUGAUGUUGCCCAUGCUGUGCUUUACCUAGCCAGUGAUGAGGCACGGUACAUCAGUGGGUUGAACCUGAUGGUCGAUGGCGGGUUUGCAUGUACAAAUCACUCGCUUCGUGUAUUCCGGUGACAAUAGGGUUCUUCGCUGCACGGCUGGGUGUCAUAUCCAUUGUUAAAUCAUGUGCAAAACACUUAUUAUCCCACUGCUCAAAUUUGGAAGUUGGGUUUUGUUUUGGUUUUGGUAAUCUUCACCUAGUUGAAUUUGAGUCAUUGUUUUAGUGAAAUUCAAGUUCUAUCAAGGCGGGCUAUCCUGUUCUAUGAAGAGGAUCAUCCAAAGAUUUUUGUAAGAUCUGAGACGAGGCCAUAAGAGUUAAUUCAUUAGAAUGACUUUGGGGUUUUGUGGUGAUUACUCCAUAGUCCAUGCCAUUCAAUCUUCUGCAUAGAAUAUAAAUUAGCCACCCAUUUCUCUA